AUGUCUGAAGCUGUGCCUGCAGGUUCCAGUGCUGCCACUGGCAGUAAUUGGAGAAUUCAGCAGACACAAACUCAAGUAGGUGAGGUUGUUGACAUAAUGAGAGUCAAUAUGGACAACGUGUUAGAAAAAGACUGGAAGCUCUCUGAGCUAGAUGACCAUGCAGAUGCAUUGCAGGCAGGAGCGUCUCAAUUUGAGACAAGUGCUGCCAAGUUUAAGAGAAAAUAUUGGUGGAAGAAUUGCAAGAUGUGGGCAAUAGGAAUCAGCAUUCUGAUCAUCAUCAUAUCAUCGCCAUCAUCAUCAUAUCAUCAUAAUAUGGAGCAUCUCUUACUGAAGAACUAG